AUGGAAGAAAAGUGGUAUUAUAUAGAAAACAAUGGCAGUGGAGAUAACCGUCAAAAUACUCAAAGGAGGAGUGAUUCAGUUUCUAGUUCAUCAAGGCGCAUCCACCGGGCUCUUGAAAAACUGGUGUCUAAUUCAGCAGUCUCUUUGGAUCUGAGUCGAAAAGAUCUGCAACAUCUUACUGCAGAUAUAUACAGAUUAUUUAACCUUAGAUAUUUACAUCUGGAAGGAAAUGCCCUUUCUGUAAUUCCUGAAGAUUUUUUUCAGAGCCUGUCAAAUCUUACUUGGCUAGAUUUGCGCUAUAAUAAAUUGAAGGAGCUUCCUUCUGGGAUUGGAUGUCACAAGCAACUGAAAACUCUACUGCUAGAGAGAAAUCCUAUUAAAAGGCUACCAGUGGAGCUUGGUAAAGUAGCUUCACUUACAGCCUUAAAUCUCAGGAAUUGUCCUCUGGAAUUUCCUCCCCUUGAAGUGAUACAGAAGGGUCUGUCAUUCAUUUUAUGUUUCCUCCGAAAGAACUGUCAUCCAAAUAUUGAAUAUGCAGAGUCUAUUUCUCCAGACUUGCCUUCUCCGCUAGAACAAGAAGCAAAGGCCAUUGUUAGAGAAUACAAGAAAAAAUGUGACAGACCACCUGAUCGUAGGAAAGCUUUCAACGCUUUAUGGAAACAGAUGAGCCUCUUUAAAAUGCCUCCUGUUGAAAAAUUAAAUUUGGCAGACAUCAUGAAAUCCAGUUUGGAUUUGUCAGAUGGAUGGCCUAAUGAGGAGGAGAUGAUACGAUUUAAGAAGCUAAGGGAUGAACUUAUCCAAGAUGAAAGACAAGAGUAUCCUGAAGACAAAAUAGUAACCAAUGAAUCUAUGCCUACAUUAAGGAGAACCAGGACAAAGGAAAGCCUCUCUCGUAAAUCAUCUAUUCUUUCAUCAAGGGAUAAAAGGAAUCUGCUUCCUGCUGCUUCAUCAUAUGAUUUCAUAAUCCAAAGUAAGAUGGCAGAGGAGUGCAGAUUGGCAGCAUUAAAAGAUAUGAAGGAAAAACAAGCUUUAAUUGAACAGCGGAGAAAAGAUAAAGAAGUUCUUCAGAAAUGGAGAAAACAGGCCAGGAAGAUAAGAGAAAAGAAAGGAAUAUUGUACACAUAUUCAUCCCCAAAAGGAAAUACAAUGGUAUCGCAAAAUGCACCUUAUGCUACAGAUAAUAUUAAGAGCAAUGAUAAGCUAGAAAGUUGGAGAGAACCGUCUGAUCUGGAUGAGCACAUAGAAACAGCACAAAAUAUAAAUUCAAUGAAAGCCAUUGAUAGCUUCAGAACUGCAAAAUAUAAGGAAGUAGAAAAUCGCAUUAAACAACACACACAAUUAAUGAAAGAAAAAAGAAAAAAGUUAAGAGGACUACCCAAAGAAGAUAUGGAAAAAGCAAAUCAAGACCUUGAAACUGUUCAGCAUUUGGAGGAGGCGCUUGGUGAAUUGAAGAAGGACCUUCACAAGGAGUAUCGUUUCACCGCUUUUACAGGCGAGCUGCUUCCUACAGCAGAUAAUCUCCUACCCACAAAUAUAUUUUCUAAAAUGACAUUUUAA